GGGGACAGGGUGAAUUCGAGCCACCCACGGUAUCGUUCGAUCAACUCGGUCGAUGGAGCUGCCGUACGGUACAAGGAGUACGUUCAAACGAGGCGAUCGGGCGAUGUGAUCGCAAUUAAGGAGACUGUUGUUCGCUUGUGUGAGCUCGACAUCAGGGACUCUCUCUCUCUCGAUGUACGGGGAGUGUUUCAAGCUUUUUUAGACAGAAGAAGAGUCGUUUUCGGGUGGCUUCGUGAAGCAAAGACUUGGUGAGAGAGGAAGAGGGUUGACCGCUGGAAGAAGUCGUCUCGGUGGACGGGUGGCAGAGUAACAACCGCUCGUUGGAUGGAGUGAUGAGCGGGGCCCCUGCACGGGGCACAACGCCCCGUCGUCAAAGACGUCAUCAUCAUCAUCACCACCAUCACCACCACCAUCACCAUCACCACCAUCAGAAGCAUCAGAGGCAGGUUCGCGAAGAGCGGAGCAGCGCCUCGUCCGAGGAGCCGGAGGAGAAACGGCCGAAAGUGAAUCCGAUAUUUCUCUGGGCCUCGCAGCGCGAGCAAAGGAUCGUCGAGGUGAGAUGCGAGGACUACGACAAGAGGAACCGCAUCAAGCUGACGAAGACGGCGCAGGGAUGGCGUUCGAUACCGAGGACCGCGUCCAACAUGUACUCGACUGGGUUGGCGGUGAUCACGCAGAAGGCGAGCAGCGCCAACUCUUCGAAUUCGUCCGACACCGGCGAAGAAAAAGAGAGCCGGGCGACGAUCCACAUUCGACGAAGCAUCGCCACGAAAGAGCUGGCAAACGGGCGUACCAACGGCCUGGUACGCCGCAGAGGCGACGUUGGGAGAAAGAGAGGUUACGAUGAAGAGAUGAUCGGUAGGAAGAGCAAGCAUCGACAGCGACGAGACUACGGUUUCCCUCUGGACGAAAUGCGAAACAACGCGAAGGUCAAGGUAGCUUGGAGCUACGAGGGAGUGCCAUGUUCCGAUGACGACGACGACGAGGACGACGAUGACGACGAGGGUAAUGACGAGGACAACGACGAGGAAGAGGAAGAAGAGGAAGAAGAGGAGGAAGAGGAAGAGGAAGAGGAGGAGGAGGAGGAGGAAGAGGAAGAGGACGACGACGAGGACGACAAGAGCUGCAACAACGGAAGGUUGCACUACAAUCUUGAAAGGCUGCAGAAAGACAAGCUGUUCCAGCCGCGAGUGGUGCUGGAACAGCUACGCUUUUCUCAAUUGCCCGAGGGCGUUCAUCAGAGCGGCGUCCUUCAGACGCUGCGGGGCAAAGACGAGAAGGGGCAGAACGAGGAUGAUGUUAUCGCCGGCGAAGAGAAGCCGGAUAAUGAAAAGAGAAGGCAGAACGCGAACAAGGCAGGCAUUCAGGAUAUAUUGAACAUGAUCGAUGCCACGGCAUCGCCGGUUUUAGCUACCGAUACGCCUAGCGCCGACCUGCCCGUCGACUCGACGAAAACCUACGAGGAGGACAAGGAGGAGGUUCUCAACGAGAAAUCAACCGAGAGCAAAAUCAAAGAUUCGAACGCCGCGGUUCUCGUAGAACUGUCGAGGAGCAAGGUUAAGGAUCACAAAGAGUCGAGGACCGACGUGAUCUCUAGCUAUCAACGGAUAGAAAAUAUCGUUCGAACCAACAAUCAAGACGAUCGUCUCGCCGACGAGAAGAUCGAGAUCCACGAGGAGAAAAUACUCGCCGUGAACUACGGCGUGGAAAGCGAGGAGGAGAAGAGAAAGAGAAAGAGGAGGAAGAAGAACAACGAAACGAAGGACGAUGUGGUUGUCGUUGUAAAGAACAACGGCUCGGAGUCCAAGUCGUGCAAGAUUGCCGCGGCGGACGGCGGUGUUGGGAAGCGUAGGUCCUCCGCCUCCAAUUCCCAUUCAAACUGGCAGAGUUUGAUGUCGGUCGAAGACGAGGAUGACGUGGAAGAAGAGGAGGAGGAGGACGACGACGACAAUGACGACGAAGACGAAGACGACGACGACGACGACGACGACGAUGCACAAUUGGAGGCGGAGGACGAGCGACCCGACGAGCCCGGUGAACCCGCAAAGAUAAUAGACUACAACGACAGUUCGAAGAUUUUGAACGCGCUGAGGAACACGCCGGGGCUCUCGGUUUCGAUCACCAGGACUCACACGCCGGAAAGUGCGAAGAACGUGUCGUUGACGAGGCCAGCGUCGAAAGCCUCGUCCUCCUCUAGUCGAUCGCCGGACUCUCAAGCGGAGUGCGUCGAACGAUCGUCGAAGAACGCGGACUCGGCGACGGAGAGCCAAGGAACGACCGCCUCUCCGAAGAACCUUCCCGGCCUGUCCAUCAUUAUACCCAGCUAUCGAUACCGGGGCAGCUCUCAGGCGAUCGCGACAGGCCAUUCGACUCCUCCGAGCGCGAAGGCGCGCGUCGAGUCACCGGAGAGUACCGUGAACUUUCCGAAGAACGAGGGCUACGCGAACGGCGAGUCGAAGCCGGGAGGCCGGUUUCCACGCGAGGAAGAGGACAACGAGGAGAGGGAGAUGGAGGAGGACGAGGACGAUUGCGACUCGCAGGUGCUGGAGGAUCUCAGACGACAGAAGGCCGACUCGUUGGCUUACGAGAAUCCCGAUCGUGAUUACCUGCUGCACAGGCAGGGCACGGGGUGCUCGGAGAACGGCCGGAAGACUCCUCUGGAGAACGCGAAGAAUCAGGCUCACUGGAUCAGCUCGAGCAACAGGAACAGCGAGGCACAGGCGAAAUGCAAGUACCAGGACGUGGAACACUUCGACGAGCAGGUCCUCGAGGAGCUUCGUACACGCGGCACCGUUGUGUCGCCGCAGCCGAGUGGAAUCCCGUGUUCCCCGGCUUCCAGGCGGCCCUCUUCCGCGUACCUCGAGAGGCUGCUGCCCAGUCCACCUUGCUCGGUGUCCUGUUCCGAGGACGCGAAGAACGAUUUAACGCUGAAGGGUAUCCUGUCGUCGCCGAAUCAGCUGGAAGCGAGGGACUACGAGAAGCAGAAAGAGAUCUCGAAUCGUUGCGAUCAGAUACCCAGCGAUCAUCUGAUCAUUCGCGCCGAUCAUUCGAAGGACGCGGAGAGAAGCAACAGGAAGCAAGGCGGAGGAUGCAGCAGAAACGGCCCGUUUCAGGAACGAUUGAACGUUCACGGCCAGGAGGCGAGAAACUCCGGCAGGCCGAUGUCCAGCGGCGACAUCCACAGCACGUACCUCGUGACCGAUCGCGCCACACCCAGGAGACCGAUGUCCGCCGAAUGGUCGGUCGGCCGGCAUAAGAGCCAAUCGAGUUCCUAUCAGAAGUCGUCUGCGAAGCAUCGAAUGCACGCUGCCAUGGAUGAGGUGGCCUGCGCCACGUCCACCAGCACCGACAAGCUUCUCGAUCCCGCCAGUCAGCUGAGAGAGCUGAUCGAGACGUCCGGGCAUCUGAUACCGGAUCCCCUUCUGGUGCCGAGGGACUACUUGCCGGGCCUGGCGGCGGCCCCGGCCACCGAGAUCCCCAAACUGUUGGCCUCCAGGCCAGAACUGAGACUGCCAGAGGCGCUGACCAGGCCGGAUCUCCUCAGGGAUCCAGAUCUACUGGUGAUAUCCCUGGCUCAUCUUCAGCACGUCCUCGACAACGGCGAGGGCCCGGUCUCCAGGUCACGACAGGGUACGAGCUUCUAUCCGAGGCUCAACAAUAACAACAACAACAACAACAACAACAACAACAACAACAACGGUACUAACAAAGCGGCCAGUCACGCGAGCAACGGAGCGAAAAACGGAGCGUUGCAAGCGAGACCGAAGCUCAGCUGCAAGCCGAUCGGCACGCUAAUGCCCGCGCCGAUCGAUCUCUCCAGUAGCCGAAGAACCACCGCUCAUCUCCCGUUGCUCAGGGUGCGCAGCGGGUUGCUGAAACAGGAACCGGAAGUCACCUCUACCGCCAGCUCGCCCGAGGAGUCGCAGCUCUGGCACCCACUGUUCGGCAGUCAGAAGAGGCCACAGCAGCAGCAGCAGCAGCAACAACAACAACAGCAGCAACAACAGCAGCAGCAGCAAGCAUAUCAACAGUAUCAGCACCAGCAUCACAAUCACCAGCAACAGCAUCAAAAUCAACAGCAAAAUCGUCAGCAUCAGCAUCAGCAUCAGCAUCAUAAUCAUAAUCACAAUCACCAGCAACAUCAGCACCAGCAUCAGCACGCCUCCUGGCACAGGACCACUUUAGCGUCCUGACCACUGUGACCUUGAGCCUGACCGCAGUCCUAGUACAAGAAGGAAGAGGAUUCUUCUCGCUGACGAGAAGGAGCUUUCAAAUCCUCCGAGAAGGAGCAAACGACGCGAGAAGAGAGGGUUCAAUCAAAAGCCAAGGGCCGUAGACAGCAGACGUUGAACAUUCUCUUCGACCUACUCUCGCCGGGAUACUCUUCGUCAAAGACCAUAGCUUUGAUCAUCAUUACCGCGUUGAUUUCCUGUGCCCCUCACGGCAGAGAGUCGCUACUGCUGCCUGCACUCACCGUGAUUUCCUCUCUAUAGAGAGAUUUGCCCUCUCUCUCUCUCUCUCUCUGUCUGUUUCUAUUUCUCUCUUCGUCGUGAGUCCGUUUGUAGAAGCCUCUUUUUGCGUGUACGUAGUCAUUUUCCAUAGAGUUCCCGACUCUUUCCGUCUUGUUGUACGAAAAACACCACGCUCGUUGUGUCAAUCAAUAGGUAUCGUUCGUUGAACAGAUGAUUUCUCGAAGUUUUUCGUGAUAUUGUUCUACAAUAAUUUCUGCAAAUUACUUUUGUCGUACAUUUCUUGGACGAAAGCGUCAUUGUGCAAUAAUUUUCCCUCGGAGAGUUCAUCGACGAGCAUAUAUGCGUGCAAUAACUGCGUGCGAACGCCGUGACGAGACGAAAAUUUUCGCCUUCGCAAUCUUUCACUAAUUUAUUUCGUCGAUGGUUUUUCUUUCUUUCUUUCUUUUACGAAAAAAAAAGAAAUUGUCACAUAUCUCUGUACGCCG